CCGACUUCGACCAGUCUGCAACCGUAUCGUUGCUGCUAGAGAACGUAGAGAGCGCUCAUUCAUCGUACAAUCGUGGUUUAUACACACCGUGUUUGAUACGAUCGUAAAUAGUAGUAAACGCGAAUUUGAGACCAUUGCCGUUUCGGCGCAGCACAUUGGUAACGGGAACACGUGACGGGAUUUCUUUUACCGGGACGGGAUCGUAAAAUCGCCGGGUUUUAGGAGUUUACUAUCUUAUCAAGUCCCAGCUGAUUAGCGAGAUUGCGAAGAUGAACGAGAGAAGGGGUACCAAAGGCUUGGAAUUGUGGUGUCGCAAGAUGACCCAAGGCUAUCCGGGGGUCAGGAUCGAUAAUAUGACCACUUCGUGGAGGGAUGGUCUCGCUUUCUGUGCCAUUAUACACCAUUUCAGACCGGAUCUUAUAGACUUUUCGAAGCUGAACGGGGACGAUGUGUUCUACAACAAUUCGCUGGCGUUCAGAGUUGCCGAAACACAUUUGGGCAUACCGGCGCUUCUGGAACCCGAAGAUAUGGUUGAAUGCUCAUCGCCCGAUCGUCUUUCCAUACUCACCUACUUAUCACAGUUUUAUCAAGCUUUCGCCGUGCGAGAAGGUGCUUCCCCGGCUAGAGUUGCCCCAAAGAGGCCGCAAUCCUCCGCAGAUCACGGGAUUGUAUCACCAGCGUCCACGAGUCCACCUACAAAAACGGCCCACACGGGUGCGAUCGUCCGCAGGGAACCUUGCACCAAGUGCGGCCUGCCGGUGUUCAUAGCCGAACGCCUCAACAUUGGAAAACAGCUCUUCCACAGGACGUGUUUCCGGUGCGCGCGCUGCGCCAGCCAGCUCACCCUCGGCAAUUACUACGAGACCGAGAGCGGCGAGCACUGCUGCGAGAUAUGCCCCGAUGAGGAGGCCCAUCCGAACCGGAACAUGAGCGACGAGGAGCAAGCCGCCCAAUUGCGGUACAUCGACAGCGAACCGGACGAGUUCAGCGCGACGUUCGAGACCGUCCUGGAGAACUCGGACGCGGAGAAAGUGCAAACGUUGAGCAGGGAAUUCGACGCGGCGAGAUCGAGCUUCUUCAGGAACAACGUGCUGGAAUCCGGCGACGAUUCGUCCUGCAAGGAACCGCCCGAUUUGCCCGAGUCGCCUCAUCCCGCGGAAGGUUUUCCAACCAGUAGAGACGUUCCAGAUCAAAUUAGUUGUAGUGACAAUGUAGAAUCUCGAAAUGUCGUUACCAAAGAGUCUGUAGUAAGAGCUCGUAUGCGUUUAUUUGAGAAUAAUUCCAAGGCUGAUGUAAAUAGAGGUGUAGUGCCUUUAUCACCGAACGCAUCCAUUCCGCCUAGUAUUAAAAGUGUAGAUAAUAAUUUUAGUAAAACUAACGAAAAUAAUGAUAAUGAUAAAGAUAUUUCCACGAAAGACAAUCAAUCUUCAAUAACCGAUGACGUUAAAAUCGAAGAAGGUACUUCGUUAAGUAACAUAACUAACACCGAGAAGAAUUUAUUACCAAUGCCUAAACACGAUGAUGAUUUAAUUGAAAAUAGUACUCGUGCAAUAAACGAAGCAAUAGAAGAUAUGACGUCCGCUAUAACUUCUCUCCAAGAUUCAUUCCAACCAGAGAGCGAUGUAAAAGAAUUCAUUCAAGAACCUUUUACAUCUUUAACAGCUAACUCCGAAAACGAAACUCCAACAGAAAGUGUGAAUUACGACGUAAAAAUAACAAACGAAAUCAUUCCGAAGACUGAAGAAAUUACUCAAACUGUCAAUUACGAGGAAGAAUUGAAAGAAGAAAAGAUACACGUUAAAGCAGAAGUCGUCGAAACUGUUAACCCUAAUGUAACAAACGAAAAUGUAAACUGCGACGUACAAACAACAACCGAAAUUGAGGCAAUAAAAGAAGAAAAAACACACAUUACAGCAGAAGUUGUCGAAGCUAUUAACCCUAAUUUAACAGACGAAAAUGUAAACUACGACGUACAAGCAACAACCCAGGUUACUCCAAAAAUUGACUCAACAAAAGAAGAAACCCACCUUACAGCAGAAGUUAUCGAAGCUGUUAACCCUAAUUUAACGGUUGCCGCCAAACCAGUUCCGAUGGCCCGAAAACACCCGCCGAAAUUAGAAAAAACCGAAAGCUACCCGGAAGAUUUAAAUCCCUUCGACGACGAAGAAGAGGCCCCGCCGAAAACCACCUCCCUGAAUCCCUUCGACGAGGACGACGAAGAAGAAAACGUACCGAUCAGAAAAAAACUGGAGCUCACGCCGGCGAUUAAAAAGGACAUGUUCCGCCAUCCGCACGGCGUCUCGAGGAUCAGCAUAAACCCAUUCGAAAACGCCGACGACGACGAAGAAGAGACGCCCGUCGCGCCGGCGAGAAGGAAGAAAAUCAACGUGCCCAAAUCGACGGCGUCGAACGACGAAGACGACGCGAACAAGUCGCUGUUGUACGUACAGAAAGAAUUUAGAGGAUCGAAUUCGUCGAUAUCGAGCGGGAGUUGUUACGGCAGCGCCAGGAAAAAGAGACCGGCGCCCAAACCACCUAUACCCGCAUUCAACGAUAGAUCUAACAAUAGCUCGUUAACGUCCACUCCUAGCCAUAGCGUGCCUCAUUCGCCGAAACCAACACCAAAAUACAGAAAAGAUAGGAGAGCUCCACCGCCGCCCCCAAAACCAAAUCAAUUCGCCGCCGAACGGAGAACUUCGAUAAACGCCGUUAAAGAGAAAUUGGACAAAGACCAAGUCAACAGGAAUUUGCAAAAUAUCGAAGAUGCGGAGAAGUUGCCGGUGCAAGAUAAAAGCACUUACGGGAAAUGGAAGAGGAAAAAGGGACAGGCGCCCGCCAAACCGAUUCCGCAACGACGCUCGAUGAAAUGCCUGCCACUGGCGGAGAUCAAGAAGGAAUUGGAAUUCAUCGAAGUGCAGCAACAGGGUUUAGAGAGGCAGGGCGUUCGUUUGGAGCAGAUUAUUAGAGAUAAAUGCGAAAACGAAUCGGCUAAUGCAGACGAUGACGUACCCAUUGAAGUCGAAGACCUCAUACUCCAAUUGUUCGAUUUGGUAAACGAGAAGAACGAACUGUUUAGAAAACAAACGGAAUUAAUGUACCUCAGAAGGCAACAGAGGCUGGAAGAGGAGCACGCUGAUAUCGAAUAUCAAAUUAGAUGUCUAAUGAUGCAACCGGAUGAGAAUAAAACGGAUUCGGAGAAAGCGCGAGAAGAAGAACUGAUUAAAAGACUGGUGGACAUUGUUGAACGAAGAAACCAAAUAGUGGAAUGCUUGGAGAAGGAUAGAAUUCGCGAGGCUGAAGAAGACGACACGAUCAAUAACCACAUAAAUUUAUAUACAUUGAACAGAGAUAACCAGCAGCAGAAUGUAAGCGUAGUACCUAAUAAAAAGGAAAAGAAAAAGGACAAGAAAAAAGAAAAAGAAAAAAAGACCAAAAAGUCGAAGGAAAAAUUAGUGGAUGCCGAUAAAGAUAUCGACGAGAAAGAAACUAGCAACGCCAUUUCGGAUAAGAAGAAAAAGAAGAAAUUUAAUUUAUUUUGAUGUGAUCAAGUUUUUCCUAAAAAAUGUUGUAAAAUCGUUUUUCGUGAAAUUGAUUUUACUUGUUUACACAAGAGUUCAGGCUCAAUUUAUGGAUGCGCAGGGCGUAGUCGGUCAUAAUGGACUUGAGGUGUGGAAAAAUGUCACGAGACUAAAUAAAUAUUCUUAGGCGAGAUCUUCGUAAAAUCAUCAUUUGGAGAUUAUGACAACAUAACACAUUAAAUAUUUAGGGAAAUUGCAUUUUUUAUACAUAUUUUGUGACUUUUUAGAAAUGUUAAUAGUACCUAGGUUUGUAAAAAUGUACAUUAUAUAAAUAAAGAGUAUAUUCAAAUCCCCGAG